GAAAUAUACCGGUAGUUGACCUUUGACCGAUCACCGCACGUGUAUUACAUCAGUUUCUCGCUCCGCUGGAAAGAAGAUUUUUGUGGCAAACUUUCUUUUAAAAUGUCGUGGCUUUUUGGUGUAGGAAAACCUCCACCGCCUCAAGAGGCGCCUCAGUUCCCCACCCUACCAGAGGGACUAUUUCCAGGGGGCACAGGAGGAGGUGACGGGGGUAAAAAAGACGAUGGAGAUGGAAGUGGCGAAAAGUCCGGCGUGGCAGGGAGCUGGAGCAACUUCGACCCUACCGGGCUGGAGCGCGCAGCCAAGGCGGCAAAGGAUCUCGACAAAUCCCCCAAUGCAAAAGGAGCUCUUGAUUUGGCCAAAAUGCAGGAAGGGACAAAACAACAAGAACAAGUAGCCAAGAUUAAAGAAUAUGAAGGUGCUCUGGAACAACUGAAGAUUGACCAAACCAGGGUUCAGCAAGAAGAAAGACGCAAGACGCUUGGCCACGAGACCCAGGAACAUCAAAAGAGGGCGCAAUACCAAGACCAGUUGGCGCGCAAACGAUACGAUGAUCAGCUCUCUCAGCAGAGACGAAUGAAUGAAGAGAAUCUUGCACGGCAGGAAGACUCUGUGAAGAAACAAGAGUCCAUGAGACGAUCAACCAUAGAAUACGAAGCAGAGCUGAGACACAAGAACGACAUGAAGAGGGUGGAGGCGGAGCUUCGAGGGAAAGCGAAGGUUGAGAGAGAGAAUAAAGAUAUACGCAACGAGCAGAUCAAGCUGCAAGCUGCCGAGCAUCGGGAGACGGUGUUGCAAUCCAUCAAAACUGCCGGCAGUAUUAUUGGAGAUGGUCUGAAGAGUUUUAUAUCAGACUGGGAUAAAGUUACUGCCACGGCUGCCGGGCUAACCCUCGUCGCCUUAGGGGUCUACUCAGCUAAAAUGGGUACAGGGGUCGCAGCGAGGUUUGUCGAGGCUCGUCUAGGCAAGCCUUCUCUAGUCAGAGAAACCUCAAGACUGGGGCCGUUGGAAAUCUUACGUCAUCCGAUAAAAACGACAAAGCGACUGAUAAAUAAACCAUUAGACGCACUCAGGGGAGUUGUUCUUAAGCCAAGUUUAGAAGAGAGACUAAGAGAGAUCGCCAUAGCAACGAGGAAUACAAAAGCUAACAAAGGUUUAUAUAGAAACAUUCUAAUGUACGGUCCGCCAGGUACUGGGAAGACGUUAUUUGCUAAGAAACUUGCCCUACACUCAGGCAUGGACUUUGCCAUUAUGACAGGCGGGGAUGUAGCCCCGAUGGGCAAAGAGGGGGUCAGCGCUAUGCAUAAGCUAUUUGAUUGGGCAUCUACAAGUAGGCGAGGAGUUCUACUGUUUGUUGAUGAAGCAGACGCUUUCUUAAGAAAACGAAGUACCGAGCUAAUCAGUGAGGAUGUGAGGAGUACGUUGAACGCUUUCCUUUACAGAACUGGAGAACAGUCAAACAAGUUUAUGCUAGUGCUUGCAAGCAACCAGCCCGAGCAGUUUGAUUGGGCGAUAAACGAUCGUCUCGAUGAAAUGGUGGGGUUCAAACUACCCGGAUUGGAAGAGAGAGAACGGAUGGUACGACUCUACUUCGAUAGCUACGUCAUCAAACCUGCCACUCAGGGAAAGAGGAGAUUAAAGGUCGGCCAAUUUGACUUUAACGAGAAGUGUACAAAGAUCGCCGAGAUGACUGAGGGACUGUCAGGCAGAGAGAUCGCUAAGCUUGGUGUGGCGUGGCAGGCAAGUGCUUAUGCAUCUGAAGACGGUAUUCUAACCAGCGAGAUGGUCGAUAGUAGAGUACAGGACUCCGUGGCCCAGCACCAACAGAAAGUAGACUGGCACCAAAGUGAAGAAGCAAAGCUAGAAAAACUGGAGAAGAUACGAGAAAUCAAGACCAAAGGAACAUAGGGUACCAAACUUAGAAAUCUAGGUGUAGAGGUUUUUUUAUCCCAAUUCUCAAUUUAUUGUGGGAGUGCGAUCAAGUAAAAUAAGGUUGACGGAAAUUAGAACAACAAAAAAUAUCAACAAUUUUGUUGGCAAUAUUUUGCUCGGUCCUACUUCCACUGCAAUAAAGAUAUGUGUGAAUGUAGAAAUUGUGAAAGAGUGAGUGAGAUACUUGUAUGUGUAAAAUAUAAAUUCAUGAACUGUAGACAGGGCAGCACAUUUACAACCCUCCUACUGUUUACCAUUCAACAUCAUCUACUGAGAUUUUGGUAGAAUGGGAGAAUAAUUAAGCCAGCCUGCAAUAUGAAAACGUUAUGAAUACAUCUGCACAGUACACAGUCAACCCUCCUACUGUCUGACCAUUCAAACUCAUCCACUGUGGUUUUGAAUGAUAGAUGCACUACGCCAGCCUGCAAUAUGAUGUCAUGUGGUGAUUGGUGAAUGCAUGUACGCAGUACCCGGAUGUACACAGAUAGUUCUGUGCACAGCUGUACCACCAUUCAUUAAAGUGGCUGGUCAACUCGCUGAAAAUGUUACCCUCUAUGAGUGUGAAACAUAUUAUUGUAUUAGAAACGAUGUACAGAAAAUUGUUAAAUACCCAAUAUACAACAACGAAAUCAUUGAUGAAACUGUGUUCUUUAGAUUUUUUUAUGUUUUUAUUUACAAACUGUCAUUAUUUAAAAGAAUAAAAAUGUGAUUUUUCUGAAUCAACUUUUUACUUUUUGAAAAUCUUUGAAAGAUAUAUACAGACCUCAGUUCACCUAUACCCACUUUGUCAGGCAACUAACUUGUUUACUCAUUGACAUUUAUAGUAGAAUUUCACACACAGGAAUGGGCCAGACUAUUCCCUACCAAUCUCAAUUCAGUGUAAACCAAUAUGGUUAAUUUAAACAAAUCCAAAAUGGCAGCCCACCUAUCUGGGGUCAAAGGUCAGUUUCACAAAGAGCUAAGAUUGCUCUUAACUGUAUUGCAUCCACACCUGUAUGCUUCGGGGUUUUUUUCCCUGUUUUUAUUUAAAGGGCAAGGGCACCAAGGCAUUUCUUUCUUGGUAAAGGACACUUUGUGAGGAAAUUGUGAAGAUCAUUUCAAGGGCACCAAGGAAAUGACCCUGGGGCACGUAGGCAAUCACAUUUGUUGCCUCAAUUGCUAAGCAAAGUGUGAUGUCAACAUACAAAUCACUAUGGCAAUUAUUGACACUCGUCGCGAGAUGAAUUUUAGUUCUUUGUAAAAUUAAGCCCAGACAUCCAUAAGUUUCAUAGAUUGUUAUAGAAAAUGGAAUCCAUUCUGAAUUCAAGAAAUAUUAAUAAAUAUUUAAUGAAAAAUAUACUUUGAAACCUGUUUUAUUUAUUUAUUUAAAUCAAAGAGUACUGAAUGUUUGAUUGCAUUUUCUGUAGUCUGAGAAUCAUACAUGUGCAACUACGACACCUAGACCAAAUAAAACAGUGACGUUAAAAGCCUUGCUGAAG